CUGCAAACACUCAUACAUAGUCCUCCCUUUAUAUUCCAAAUAGCCUACCCCCAUCCCACCCCAAUACCCUUCAACUUAUGUUUCUGAACGUAAUCAGUAAGUGUGCAAUGGCUGAACAGUGCAAUGAAACCUCUGUUGCAACAUCUUCUUCUGCAGCAAAGUGGUGGCCGGAUGUACAUUCAAGUUCUCUCGGCUCCUGGACGACUGGUGGUGCUAAUUUUGCAAGUAACCAGCCAUGCACCAACCCUCAAGACCCUAACUCGAAUUGCUCUGGUGGAGAUGAAGAUGUUUCUAUUUCUACUUCGUUUACAACCAAUGCUUCCAACAACUCUGGGCUUAGCAUGGAGUCUUCCCGAGGUCUUGUAGAGAAAGCUUCCACCACCGACCUGUAUGGAGAGGCGGUUUCUGAUAAUCAUCACCUCUGGAAUCAAGUUUUCAUGGGCGUGGGAACUACAGGGGAACUGCAGAAUAUAUCCACUCGGAUGUUUGAACCAGCUGCUUGCGAUUAUUUGAAGAAGAUGGACAGUGGAUGGGAGUUUUCAAGCCCAACAAAUCUCCACCAAUUUCAAAAGAGUUUUAAUGGAUUCAACGAUGGCCUAUUUCAAACCAUCAAGAACGAACACACAGAUAGUACUGAUAUUGAACGUGGGGGGUUACUCCGGAGAGGAUUAAGUAGUCAUGCUAUUGAAUAUCAAGCAGAGAUCAACGACAUGGUUGUUGCUGAUAAUAACAAGUAUUAUUACAAUGGUAUGCCGGAUUUGGAAUGUGCUAACGGAAGGGGUUUUGUUGAUUUGGUUGCUUUUGGCAGCUCUGUAAACAAGCCACCAUCAGGUAUUGUGAAUUUGCGGGACCAAAGGAAACCAGACAUCAAUAGUUCUUAUCAGCCAAUAAGAGGAAGAAGCAGCACACUUACUAAAGUCAAUGGAAGAGGGAAUGGAGUUGCCAAUGAUCAAGGAAAAAGAAAGAAAUCAGACGACCACUCUGGAUUACUAGUAAAGAAGCCUAAGGUUGAGACAUCUACAGUUUCAUCAACUAAGGUUCAGCUUCCUAAAACAAAGCUUGGGGAUAAAAUAACAGCACUUCAGCAAAUAGUAUCGCCAUUCGGCAAGACGGAUACAGCUUCUGUAUUAUGGGAGGCUAUUGGUUAUAUCAAGUGCCUACAAGAGCAAGUAGAGUUAUUGAGCAACCCAUACAUGAAGACUAAUAUCAUCAAGGACACAUGGGUGAGAUUCGAAGCAACAGAUCGAGGAGAUACGAAGCUAGAUCUUAAGAGUAGAGGUCUGUGCUUGGUUCCCACAUCAUGUACUCCUCAAGUGUACCAUGAAAACAAUGGAUCAGACUAUUGGACUCCAACAUAUAGAGGAUGUUUCUAUAGAUAGAAGGAUUUAUAUCUGUUUAACUUUGGAUAGAUAAGCUCAAGGCAACAACUUGUUUGGCUAUUUAACUUUUCGCAAAGAAUUUAUCGUAUAUCAACGUCUUU